AAUUGACGAUAGUUUCAUUAUUUUACGAAAUCAACUCCAGAAAAUAGGUUAAGCCAAUAAUUCUGGAUGGUAUAGCCUAUCAUAUGCCCUGAAUAAUGAAUAACAAUAACAAAUAAGAAAUUAUAUAUUUAAACUUUGAUUCGAUAUUUGCCUUUCCGAUGUUGGACACAAGUUUAUCGUUUCAAACAUAACCUCUAAUGGAAUGCAGUUUAUGUCUUUUACGACUCCUCGGAUCGAUAAAAUAAACUUGUCUAGAUAACAGGUGGAUUUAUAAGUGAGUGCGGACUAAUUUAGAGAAAAUGGGUAUCAGUGAAAUAAGUUUAUGGGUUUUAAUCCGCAGAUACGAUUUACUUGAAACUGGAUGUGAUAUCGACGAAUUAGAGACGAGUUUCCGCCGCUUUACACUGCCUUCUGGAUCGACAUUGGACGAAUUAAAAUCGUCUAUUUAUUCCUGGAUUGAAAUAGAAGAAGAUACUUCUAGGGUUUUUAAGAUUAGACGUCAUGACAAUAAUCUUAUUCCACUUUCCAGUUUGUUAAGCGGUUCUUCAAAAGACAAGCCUUUUAUUAUUGACAUCGUUCGUGUUCAUCAAUUCUGUCCAGUAGAGAAGCGCACAAUUCCGCCAGGAUAUAUCGACGCCUUAAGAUCAAAAUUAACAAAUUUAGAAACAAGGGUGAUAGAGGCAGAAAAUUCACUGCCGCAAGUAGCUUCUGCUCACAUACAAGCAGUGAAGGAAGCAGCUUCCCAAUUAGCAAACUGCGUGGGAUUUUUAGACAGAAGAGUUGACGAAUUAUCCCCGCCCCAAUGGAAAGCUCAGCUUAAUUCUGCUGCUUCAUAAAACCUCGGAUUUUCAAAUUCCCACCCAAGAUCUGAUAAUCACAAAAAUAUUCAGUAACUGUACUUUUCAGUGACAUUAUGCAUAUUGCAAAGAAAAAAAAGAUAAAUCAGUAAGAAACUGGUUUACGUUUAUGGUAUAUCUUGAAAAAAACAUAUUUAAAUAUAAUAAUUUAUUCAGU